CAGGCGCCGAGAGCCAGCGGCGGACCGGCGGCGUGAGCCCUCCUGCAACCCGCGCCGGGGCCCAGAGGCAGUGGCUCCUCGCCCGCACCCCGGCCUGGCCUGGUAGUCAGGGGCCCGAGAGCAGAUCCCGAGGCCGCCUCCGACGAGGGCUAGCCCUUUGGAAGGCGCCUUCAGCAGCAGGACCAGGCAGGCCACCAUGACCGAGAACUCCAUGUCCACUCCUGCGGCCAAGCCCAAGCGGGCCAAGGCCUCCAAGAAGUCCACAGACCACCCCAAGUAUUCAGACAUGAUCGUGGCGGCCAUCCAGGCGGAGAAGAACCACGCGGGCUCCUCGCGCCAGUCCAUCCAGAAGUACAUCAAAAGCCACUACAAGGUGGGUGAGAACGCCGACUCCCAGAUCAAGUUGUCCAUCAAGCGCCUGGUGACCACCGGUGUCCUCAAGCAAACCAAAGGGGUGGGGGUCUCGGGCUCCUUCCGGCUGGCCAAGAGCGACGAACCCAAGAGGUCAGUGGCCUUCAAGAAGACCAAGAAGGAAGUCAAGAAGGUGGCCACUCCAAAGAAGGCAGCCAAACCCAAGAAGGCUGCCUCCAAAGCUCCAAGCAAGAAACCCAAAGCCACCCCAGUCAAGAAGGCUAAGAAGAAGACGGCUGCCACGCCCAAGAAAGCCAAAAAACCCAAGGUUGUUAAAGCCAAGCCCGUCAAGGCAUCUAAACCCAAGAAGGCCAAACCAGUGAAGCCCAAAGCCAAGUCCAGUGCCAAAAGGGCGGGCAAGAAGAAGUGACAAUGAAACCUUUCCCCCCUCUUCUAUUUUCUGUAAAUACUUUUCUCCUUUCUUCUCUCUUGAUCCUCAUCUGCAGCCCUUUGCCCAUCCUGGUCUGACUUUAUAAGGGACAGAUUUGGAUUCCUCGGAAAUCAUGGAAUAAUUCCUUUUUCCCUAACCAGUUGUGCAAGGACAGCAGCCACCAAUCUCAUCUGCACAAGGAUGAGGAUGCACUUGGACUUCGUCUUCUUGAUUUGCCAUUCAUCUUAGGGAUUGGGAUCUGGGUGGGCUCUGUUUUGUUGGGUGGCUUGUUUGUUGUGAAGGUAG